AUGAAAUUAAAAUUAGCAUUAAAUGCAUCCGAAUCUCCUGAGGAUUAUAAGCUUUUAAAGACUACUCUACAAACUGUAGCUUCCUUAAGAAAAACUGCUGUUCUACGAUUUAAUGAUGAAAGAUUAAUCAUCAUCUCCACCCCUAAAUCAUUAACGACUAGUAGUUCAACCAUAUUACAUGGAGAUACAGGCCAACUUUGGUGCACUAUUCCGAAUGAUGUAUUUAAAUUAUACGUCAUUAAAUCUGCGAGAGAUAAGAAUUGCAUUACUAUGGAAUAUAAUUGCGAAUCAUUACUAAAUGUAUUUAAACGUUAUGAUAAAGUUAUGAACCAAGGGUAUGCAUCUAAUAUGACAAUUAAAUUACAAAAUAUGCCUGAAUGGAAUAUUCAACCAAAUUUGGAAUCCAACCCCAAUGCUACUCAUAGAUCAAACCCAAUCCAGGCUCUUGGUAUUACUUUUGAUGAAUAUGUUGUUACAAAUUCUGUGAAUACAAAAAAUGAUGAUAUUGAGACUACUAAACGUAGGCAAAAGGAUAAUAAAGAUGAUUCUACUUCAAAUAAUAAUGUUACAUUAGCUACCAACAAAAAAGUGUUACAUUCUUUCCAAAUACCUGUAAAAUUAUUAUUGAAAUCACAGGAUGAAAAGAUUAAAGAGCCACUUAUUGAUUACAAACAAUUAAUGAUGUAUAAGCUACCUCCAGUAUCAGGUAUAUUUGGUAAUGCAUUUAAAAGUUUUAUUAGAAGAAUUGAUAGAUAUUCUACUGUCAAUCAUAUUCGAUUAUGUGGUAUACAAAAGAAUAAAGGAAAAAACAAUAUUAAUGAAUAUGAAAACAUUCAAGAUUCCAUUGAAAAUGUUGAUAUAGAAUUGAAGACAAUAGUGAACGAAUUAGAUUGGAAUUUAGAUAUUACUUGGAAUGGUCCAUUAGAACCAAUCUUCCAAGAAGUUUCCAAUGAGUCUCAAAUGUCACAAACUAAUGAUUUAAAUGCCACACCUAAUGAAUAUACUAGGAGCCCUCACAAAAGCCCUAUGAAGAGCCCCAUAAAGAGUCCCAUUAAGAUUACAACUAAGGAUACAGAACCUGUUGAGAAUCCGUUUAAGUUUACCAAACCGUUAACAAAAACUGGAGAAUCAGAUACAGGAUAUGAUAGUCUACGAAUUGAAGAAAGUCGAAUGUCAUCAUGGGGCCAUGGCAAUGAAAGUUCAGAAGAUACAGAAAUAGCUAAUGGUACUAUGAAUAAUGAUGAAAUGGAUAUUGAUCAUGUACCAGAUAAUCACUUAGAUUCUAGAGAAGAAUAUGAAGAUGCAAGUAAAAUUGUGGAAGAAGCAGAGCAAGAGAAUGCCAAGAUCCAUGAAGUAUAUAUUCGGAGUAAAGAUUGGAAAGUUUGUUCUCGAUUGUACGUUGCAUUUGAAGAAAUUGUAUUAGCAAUUUAUCAUGAUACAUCUUGUAUAUUACAUUGUGCAUUAGAUCGUGGUAGUAUUGAAGAUACAGGUGAUACUGACGGGAUAUCAAGAAAUAAUACAAACAAUGAGAAGGUAAGAGAACGAGGACAAAUUAUUUAUUACAUUGCAAGAUCCAAACCAUUAUAA